CACAAUCACACCCACCAAUACUGGAUUAUUCUUUUCUUUCUCUUACCCUCUAUUGAAAUUAUGCCCAUCCCUACGCGUUCAGGUUCCCUACGGCUACGGGAGCCCCGAAAACAGCCUACCCCUGUAGGACGCUCCAUUGCAAACACGCCGGUCUCAACCCCCACCAGAGCAACAGAUGAUACCACACAGAAUACCGAGAAUCCUUCGGUACAGACUUCUACUGCCCUCCCAACACGCCGUCAAAGCCUUAUGCGACUCGCCCAAUUGAAGACCCCAUCUUCUAUGAAACCGAGCCCUGUGUCGACGACAGUAAAGAGAACAGCCAUUCCCCGUGGUCCACCCUCGCCACUGAAAAAGGAUGACGUCUCGAAGAAAAAUGAUAUGCCUCCUCCUCUGCGACCGACUCGAUCGGCCUCCCUACGACAACCCGCAAGUUCAAGCGCCGGAACUCCGACAGCGGCGAAGGGGCAUGCAAGACAUCGUAGUCAGGUUGCUACUGUUACUCCAGCUUCUAGCCAAGGAGUUCGGAAGGCUGAGCCUCCUCAACUCACACCUACGCCGACAACGCCCCGGCUACGAACUCAAUUUUCCACCUACCAACAGCAUUACUCGCCGAAGAAAACGACGGCAAAACCACCGACUCCCGUGCCAGCAGCUAGUGGUUCCAGCGAUGUUGCUUCCUCGUUGAUUCCCUCAUCCUGGCCAGAGAUUGCGGCGUUGCAGACAGAGCUGUUGCAGCUAAGUUUACUACAUGAGUCCUCGUUGCGACAAAACACCGCUUGGGAAACUGGUGCCGAGGCGCAAUUACGGAGCAAGUAUGACUUGGUUGCGGCAGAUUAUAGGGGAAUUUUGGGUGCGGAAAAUGAGUCACAGAGGAAAGUCAAUGGGCAAGCCUUGCAGUAUUGGCUCAAGAAUGCACACGAGCGCAACGGUCAGCAGGGCUUUGCAGAACAAAUCCAGCUCCUGUCGCGAGUUGCGCAGGAAGUAUAUGAUUUAAGCGACGGCCUAGGGGGGCGGUAUGCAGUGGUUGUCCUGGAGUUCGAAAAUUGGUUCCAAAGGGUCGAGGAACUAAGAAAUGCCCGACUUUUACAAGUAGGGGGACUGGGGCCCGUGGUCUUCAUAGAUCCUCUGGACCAUGCCUGGAAGGAGGAGGUAAAUACCUUGAUCAUGAAGCUAGAAUUGGCGUCGAGACAAUUACAGAGCCUGGAUAUCUUGGGCUACCGAGAAGAGGAGCUGCUUGGCAGUUCUGCGCUCUUACGAACGGCUAAGGGUCUUGAUGAGAUGACCCGUCUGAUGGUCGAGGAACUGAACGCAAUUCGUAAGAUCGAAAUUGACACCGUAAAGUCGGAAGAGAUGUGGGUUAGUCAGCUGGCACAGCAGUUGACAGCGCCACGGCAGCAGCAAGACGAAAAGGUUCCAAGAACUGGAAUGUGGAGACGACCGUUGUUGAAAUCAUGA